AUGGCGGCUGCUGGUAGAGAUACCUUCACAUGCAUUGUUUGUUGCCAAUUGUUCUUGGCAAAUCCUGAUUCAAGUAACAAAUCCCCGGAGACUGUCAUUCUCUCGCGAUGGAUUCCCACCUCAUCUGGCUCGCCAGCCUCGCCCUCGCGGGCUAGGGCACUGAACUGCAAGACCCCAGUUACGAUGUUUCCUGGACUUAGUGGCACAAUAAAGAUGAUAAAAGAAGUCCAAGCCGGCAAUUUCACUGAGUAUAUUGCCUCCCUGCACGAAACCCACGGGCCCACCUUCAAAGAAAAGAUGAUUGGAAACAAUCUCAUCUCGACCAUCGAUCCCGCAAACAUUAAGGCCCUGUUAGCUACUCAGUUUAAUGACUUUGGAUUGGGGAUUCACCACCGACAAUUCUAUCCUCUCCUGGGUGAUGGUAUAUUCACCCUUGAUGGCAAGGGAUGGUCAUAUAUGCGGGCAAUGAUCAGGCCUCAGUUCGCGUGA